ACACCAACUCCACGACCCUAUCCCGAUUACAGCAAACUUCCCGACUUUUACCGCUUACCAGGUACGAAAACACCUACGAGUGGCCGCAAACCCGAUUAUUAUCAGCCUCGAGCUCAAAUAAAACAGAUGUUUCAAGAGGGUAAGCUGAAAGCAGGGGAUAAAAAGGCAAUCAAACAGGUUUCUGAAAAAUACAUGGUUUCAAAAAGCUUGUUGCAGAUUUUAUUGAGCAUCUAACUGAUAUUGAAAUACGAAAAGAUAAGCGGCGAACAGAAAGCAACAGGAAUACAAUGAUAUGGACUGAGAAGAUCUCUAUCACGUAGAUCAGUUGACUUCCCUCAGAGUAGGUAAACUUGAACUUUAUAUUAAUCACCACAAUAUUGCAUUUCAAGUAAAGAAAUAUGAAAAAGUGAGGGUGGUGAAGGCGGUAAGAUUUUGGCCUUUUAUUGUGCAGGACAGUCUAAACAACAUUAAACCAGCCUCUGACUCAACGUCAGAGUCUGACAGUGACAGUGACAGGGUAGAGCGCUUUGUUGAAUCUAGAAGUAACUAUUCAGAACUAAAUGACUCAGGAGAUCAGGCAGCGGAUAGUCAACAGAAGCAAGAAGCUGAAGAAACGAUACCUGAGUCUAGUACGUCUCGAUACGGAUGGAAAAGGACAAGAGUCCUCUGA